AAUUCCUCAACCCAGUUAGUGUGUCAGAGAUUUGGGUUCGGACUCACGGCCAUUCCGUCGCGGUACUUCGUUCAAGUAGUUUCUAUCUGCAGAGUGCCUGUGUUCAUCGUCGACCGUCGUUUUAAAAGAGUUAUUAAAUCUACAAUUCCACAAUAUGGCUCUCGAUUUACAUCGGAAGUACAUCGAGAAAAAGCAAGAUAGUGCACCGUUGGUGCCUAUCAAAGAUAUAAUAAAUUCUAAAUAUUAUUUGGAUCCCCUGGAGCUUUUGGGUGAGCGGAGCUUUCACGAACCUCGCGAAGUUGAUGAGUCUGAAAUCGGAAGUCCAGUACAAGAGUUUUUCCGGGAUGGAGUAAUAUUUUUAACCGGUGGUACAGGUUUUAUGGGCAAGGUUCUAGUGGAAAAACUGCUCAGAACAUGUCCUCACAUUAAACACAUUUAUUUACUGAUCCGAUCGAAAAAGGGCAAAAACGUCGAUGAACGAUUGGAAGAUAUAUUUGAAGACAGGCUUUUUAAAAGAUUAAAACAUGAGGUACCCAAGUAUUACCAUAAGGUUUCUGGAGUAGCCGGUGACUGCAGUUUGCCGGGUCUAGGAUUAAGCGUAAGUAGUCGAAAUACAUUGAUGAAUGAAGUGAACAUAAUUUUCCAUGGAGCAGCUACUGUGCGUUUUGAUGAACAUAUCCGUGUAGCUAUGACCAUAAAUGUUUCUGGAACAAGAGAAUUACUAAGUUUGGCCAGGAAAAUAACCAACUUAAAGGUCAUGGCACACGUUUCCACAGCAUACUCAAACUGUAAUCGAUUGCACGUCGAGGAAAAAUUUUACGACCCUAUUGCUGACUAUGAAGAUGUAUUAAAAUUGAUUUCUUCUAAAGACGAUCAAACGCUUCAAGACAUGACUAAAGAAAUCAUUGGCGAUUUACCAAAUACUUAUGCAUUUACCAAAUCUUUGGCAGAAGACGUCAUCCGAAGAGAAGCGCAAGAUCUUCCAAUAUUAGUUUUCCGUCCCACUGUUGUGAUUGCAACUUACCGAGAACCAGUGAGGGGGUGGAUAGAUAAUGUUUAUGGUCCUACAGGACUCAUAGUUGGAGCUGGAACAGGAGUUCUUCAUACAUACUUUGGUGAUUCAAAUAUGGUUACUGAUAUGAUUCCAGUAGACAUGGUUGUUAACGCACUUAUAUGUUCAACAAAAGAAACUGCAACUAAUAAAAAAGACGACGGAAUACCGAUAUUCACGUGCUCAAGUGCAGGGCAAAAACCAAUUAAGUGGAAUGAUUUCAUCGAGAUGAAUAGACGUCAUGGAAUUUACUGGCCCACAAUCCGAGCAAUCUGGUACUACUCGUUCUGGCCCACCAACAAUCCAUAUUUGUAUGCAUUAUUAAACUUUGUUUGCCAUAUCGUACCCGGAUAUUUACUGGACACAUUAGCUGUUAUCGCUGGACAAAAACCAAUAUUGAUGAAAAUUUACAAGAAGAUUGACAAAGUACGUGAUAUAUUAGCCUAUUUCUCAGACAAAGAAUGGACGUUCACUAAUGAUCGAGUGCUGGCGUUGUGGAAUACUCUCGAUAGUCAAGAUCGAGAUAUAUUCAAUUUUGACAUAAAUCAGUUAUCCUGGGAAUACUUUAGUCAGGCACAUUGUCUCGGCUUAAGAGUUUACCUUGUAAAAGAUGAUAUCCAUACAUUGCCUGCGGCGAGGAAAAAAUGGGAAAAAUUAUACAUUGCACACACUGGUCUACAAGUAUUUGUGUACGCUUUCUUGCUGUACUGUGCAUGGACAGUUGCUUCUCUGCUUCUCAGAUUGACUGGUUUCAUGUAAAGAAACUCCUGCAGAUUACAACAUGAUUACAUGACUGAUUAUUAUUGGACUUGUUACCAACACUUACCUAUUGAAAGUACUCGUAAUUAUAAUAAUAUGUACAACUGUUUUAUGUGGUUUUCGAGGAAGAUAUUCCCUUGAAUGCAAUUCCUAAUUUGUUUACUCUUAUAUUGUUGAAUGUUUCAACAGUAUUGAGCUCCAUAUACCCUAUGUUAUUACUAUUAUUAAGUACCUACGCUUAUAUGAUCCGUUAGUUGUGACAAUGAAGCAUUUUUAGAAUAAUAAACUUACGUAAUUCUGUUUCUCAAAAAGUUGCCGUUUCACUUAAAUAUUGGUUGUCAUAAUAUAUUUUAUAAUUGUAUACAAUUAUCAGCUAGUUAAUUUUUUGUUUUAAUUAGUUAUAAAAUCAGAAUGUUCAAUGAUUUAAUCUACCUUGAGUUUGUUUAUAUUUGUUUGUUUGUUUUUCAUUUUGCAAUAGUUGUAAAUAUAACAUACAACAUACAUAAAUACAUAUCUAAAUAAUAUAGUUAUAAAAAUAUUAGGUUUAAUUUAUUAGUAUGCGAUUUAUUUUCAACGCGUAUAUAUAUUUCUUAAUCAAUAUUAUCGUGUUAUAUUAUGUUAUAAUUUUUUUAAAUGUUAUACCAUGUCGUAAAAACAUAAUAUAUCCAUUAUAUUAAAAUUUUAAUACCAUGUCUAAACUAUGUUUAAACGUAAGUAGGUAAUUUUUGUAAUAGAAAAUUAUACGUUAUAACAAAUUUUAGUAAUAUUGUUAAAUAUCUUAUAAAAUGUGUAGCUUUAACUAUUAAUUGAGUUAUGAUCUUAAUUUGUUGACAGUUGAUUUUACUGCACACACAUACACUUUUAUAGUGAACAUUUAUAUACCUAUAUAGUCUUAUACAUAAUAUGAAUACAACACUCAUAUAAAAUGUUGUAUUCAAGCGUAUAUUUUCGUACAACUAUGUCUUUACAUUUGCAACUAUGUAAC